GAGCGCAGGGCCCGCGGGCCGAUGGCGGAGCGCGGCCAUGGCGCUGGCGCUGGCGCUGCUGUGGCAGGCGCUGGGCCGGGUGUGGCGGAGCCCCGGCAGUAGCUCUCGCCAUGAGCCCCCGAGCCGCGCCAUGGAGCACGACAGGGCCAUCGAGGUCUACGAUAUCAUCCGGACCAUCCGGGACCCGGAGAAGCCCAACACUUUGGAAGAACUGGAAGUGGUGACGGAAAACUGCGUGGAGGUGCAGGAGAUAGGGGAGGAUGAAUAUCUGGUCAUCAUCAGGUUUACACCAACAGUACCUCAUUGCUCCUUGGCCACUCUCAUCGGCCUUUGUUUAAGAAUAAAACUUCAGAGGUGUUUGCCUUUUAGACACAAGCUGGAAAUCUACAUUUCUGAGGGCACACAUUCCACGGAGGAGGACAUCAACAAGCAGAUCAACGACAAGGAGAGGGUGGCGGCGGCAAUGGAGAACCCCAACCUGCGGGAGAUCGUGGAGCAGUGCGUGACCGAGCCCGACUAGGGACCCUGCCCCUGGGCACAGCCCUGCUGCAAGCUGAGGGAAAUAAUAAUAAUCAAGGCCUUGAGUUUAAUACUUGAGUUAUUUUUAUCUUCCCUGCAUUUUUGUUUUUUGGGUUUUUUUUUUUAAGAGAAAUGGUUUAUGAGAUAGGUUUAAAUGAUGAGGAAUCGGUCUCUGAAGGAAGUCCAGUGUAUAGCGAUGGAAGUUUGUAAUUUUUGGUGCCCAGAGGAAUAUUUUGUGAUUCAGAGCAAGGCACCUGCAUUGCCUUCUGAGAGACGCUGUGAUAUAAAUUCAGUUUUGCAAGUUAAAUUUCUAUGUUGUUUCAAUCGCUGCACUGUAAAAAUAAACCAGAUUCUUGUACUGAAA